AUGAGUGUCUUUUACGAUUGCCUGACCUCUAGAGCGAACAUUUCAAACACGACUGACCACGUUGAACCAUGGCCGACAUCGUCCGACAUCAUCCUGGCUAUCUUUUACGGUCUCAUGAGUCUGGUCAUCGUGGUUAGCAACGUCGGGAACCUCUUCGCCUUGCCGCACGUCACGGCUGAGCUCGGAGCCAACACCGUGUUCUUGUAUCGGGCACUCGCGCUGGUGGAUCUCCUUACGGGAAUCUUUGGAAGUGGUGGGAAAUUUGUGGACAUCAUCGUUCAUUGGUCAGCAGGCGAUGCACUCGUACUUUAUACCGAAAUUAAGUCCAUUCUAAGCGUCAUUUGUAUCAAUUAUUCCUUACUCAUCCUGGGAUGUGUUAGCCUCAAUCGGUAUCUACUUAUUGCUAUGCCCUACAGAUACAAGGAGGUCACUCGUCGCAAAAUGGUCAUCGCUCUCGUCGUCGUGUUCAUUGUCGGAGCGUUGCAGGCGUUUGUUGGUUACCUAUACAGCUAUAUCAUUCAUAAGAUAACGGGCGAACCAUUUUGCUAUUUUCAAGUCAGUAAUUGCAAUCACAUCUACCACGGAUACAUCGUUAUUUAUCUCUUCAUCCCCAGCAUCGUCACCAUCAUCAUUACCUUCACUAACAUGUGUCUUCUGCUGAUCGUACUCGAUCACAAGCGCCGCAUCAAGAAACAGACGAACUUGUUCAAUGGCGGCUCUCCGCAAACCCGCAAACAGCGCAACAUCAAAGGCAUAACAAUUCUACUUUUAAUCACCCUGGGAUGUAUAUCUCUUGGCAUGUUAUGCACACUGUGGUCACCCAUUGAGAAGAUGUUUCAAGAUGCUGGACUAAGGGACCUAUGUGUAGAGUCAGGUGUCAUCGCUAUAAGCUCCGUAGCUGGAGUGAUGGAAUUCUGCAAGUACAACCGUGCAGUCAAGUUGUUGUACGAGGCAUUUAUGCGACAGGCAUAA